AUGGCACCUUCAAAUCCCCUGCAAUGGCUCAUUGUCAUGAUCUGGGGCCGCUGUCAGACCAAUGCGCCGUGGCAGCGCAUGGUCAAAUACUCUCUCGCCUCGACCAUCGCCCUCAUCAUCGCCUUGCUCCCUCCCUUUAAAGCCAACGCCAACUUCCUGACACCCAUGGUCACCGUCUUUGCCCAUCCCGGUCAAAGAAUGGGCCUUAUGAUCGAGGAUCUCCUCAUGGUGCUCGUUGGCUCUCUUAUCGGCUUGUCCUGGUCACUGCUGGGCCUUCAUCUGUCAAGUCUCGUCCAGGCCUCCAAUUUCCCGGCCGCUUACACCAUUCGCGGCCUCUUUCUUCUGGUCUCCGUCCUUGUUCACGGCUAUGUCAGGUCAUCGAGCCCGCGUCUACUAGGCGCUGUUCUUUUUCUCCUCAUCGCUUCCUUGUUGGCUAUCCAACUGCCCGGUACCGCCUCAAGUUCCCUAUUCACAACAAUUUACAUCCCAAUUCUGCUCGGCGCGGGUGUAUUGUUGUUUGUCAACCUCGCAAUCUUCCCAGAGCUAUCAAGCAGCUACCUGGGAUCCUCGACCAUCGAUACCCUGUCGGAGACUAUGGACACCUUGACUCAUGCAACUCACUGGUUUGUUACCCCGGGCGGCGAUCCUGAUGACAAUCAGCAGCAAACCAGCCUCGCGUCCACAUGUAACGCAGAGAAUCCUGGCAAGGGUGCAAAACCAGGCUUCAUACGGAAGUUCUUCUCCCAGUUUCCCAAUCCUUUUCAAUCCUCGAAGACUGGGUCCAUUCUCUCCUCCCUGCCUCUUCAUUCUACCAAGUUGUCUCACCUGACCGGCCAAAAGUCCAAGCUUCGGGGUCAACUCUCCCGCUGUAGGGCGGCCCAAGACGAGAUCAACUUUGAAAUCUGCCUAUCGCCACUGCCACCAACCGCUAUGAAACCAAUCAGCCUUCAGUACAUGGCAGACAUGGUUCAAAAUGUCCUCACCUUGAUUGGGGCGUGCGAGAACAAAUUCGUCGUCGUUGGCAAGGAUGACCACAUGGGUGAUUCGUCGACGAUCGAAGAGGAGCAGGAUCUGCCAAUAACUCCGCAGUACGCAGAAGGGACUCAAAAAUCCAUUUCCAUGGCAACCCCAGACGUCGGCGAGAAACCCAAGAAGACGAAAGGGGCCUAUUUCAACCAGGUGGACAGCGUCAGGCCUAUCAGAGAACUCGAGGCGAGCAGUGCUGAGUUGCUAGAGUCGAUUCUCGAGCGGGUCCGAAGCCCUGUUCAAGAGUUCCAGGCGUCUUUGACAGAGGCUGCCAACCUAGUUGUCUUGUGUGUCGCCUACUGUUUCGAUGUCCCGAAGCUUCCCUCUGGUGCUCCUGCACCGAAGGGCAUACCUUUGGAGGAGAUUGACUUGCGCAUCGAUCAUUUCUCUGACGCACUGGCACUCUUCGAUUUCCAGUCCGCCGAGGAACUCAAGCAAGCCACAAUGGAUCAGUCGGGUCAAUCAAUCGAUUUUUUGCCCGCGUCCGCCAAAGACCAGGCAAUGCCAGAAAGUGAUGAGACAGACUCCCACCGUGCUGCGGAUGAAGAGCCAUCAACUAAAAGGGGCUCCGGGAGAAACCCGAAUCAUCCAAGGCCCAGCCGGAUCAUGAGAAUGAGGGCAAAGGCAGCCGAUGCCAUGGAGUGGGCCCAAGGUUCGGACGACGUGGACUACGCGCUGAAGCUGGCAAUUGCCGUGUUCCUUGUCACUUGGCCGGCUCUGGUGGCUUCCUGGACCUCGUGGUAUGCCGAUGUUCGUGGCGUUUGGGCGCCCAUGCAACUGAUCCUGGUCUUCGAAGUGGCCAUCGGCACUUCGGUGUUUUCGUUUCUCAUCCGACUCUUUGGUGUCGUGUUUGGCUGCGUGAUUGGAUUUCUCGCGAUUCAGAUCGGUGGGGGCAAUCGCAUUGUGUUGGUUUUCGUCGUGCUCUUCGGGCUCGUUCCUUCAAUCUACAUCCAAGUGGCUACCAAAUAUGUCAAGGCUGGCAUGAUUUCCAUCGUGUCGAUGACGGUUGUUGCUCUUGCUGCGGUGAAUGGGAGCCCUCCUGCGUACGAGGUCUUCUACAAGCGUCUUGUGGCCUUUUUAGUGGGCGGUUUCGUCGCCAUGCUGGUCGAAGUCGUCGUUGCUCCUGUCCGAGCGAGGGAUCGUUUGGUGGAGUCUCUGUCUGCUUCUGUUCGCCAGGUUCAGAAAAUGCAAGCGGCUCUUGCUAUCGGGAUUGAUGGGCCAGAGAGACCAAAUCUCCAGUCCCCAGCUCUUCUUGCCCGCUUCGAUCGUUCCCGAGACAAGGCACAAGGCGCACUCACAGCGGCUGAGACAUUUCUUCCGUUCUGUCUCAACGAGCCACGUCUCAAGGGCAGUUUCAAGCCGCUGGCGCCUAUCUACGAGGAAACCAUCUACGUUCUUCACCAGAUUAUUGAUCGGAUGGACAAUGUGGUGCAGCUUCGCAGGGCGUACGGCUCGUCUAUUCUCGAAGACUUGAACCCAAAGGUUUACGCAUACCGAAGGAACGUGGCUGCCAGCAGCACGUUGAUGCUCUUCUUGAUCAACGAGGCUUUGACUACGUGGUUACCGCUUCCCCAGUUCAUCCCGUCGGCCCGGCUCGCACAGCUUCGGCUAAUCAAUCGCGUCCGCGAGAUACUCACCUCGGAAAACGCGGGCAAGUCAAAUGUGGACCUCGCGAAGAGUCUGGGGGUCAGGGUUGAGCCGGAUGAAGAAACGGCCAGUCUCAUCACGAAGCGCAAAUUCCUCUCGUGGAAUGCCAGCACGGCUGGCCAGAUGGAGAUUAUUGAGUAUCUCGAGGAACUCGUCGAGUUGGUCAAGCUGCUGGUGGGCGUCAAUGCUUUUCGGAGCGGCAUGCUGGAACGGCCCACAUACAGACAGUAUAUUGGGCGGAUGGACGCGAACCGGGAAGCCGCCGCGACGGCUCUACCGGGUCGCAGAGGCGCGCCGGCGCAGCCUGAGGGGCACGAGGGCGUUGCUCUCGAUUCGUCAAAGGGGUCGCGGUCUGGGUUCCCGCUGAAACGGGCGGCCACGGUUUUACAGCUGGCUGACAGACUCAGAGGAAAGGGUGGGGAUGCGGAAGCCGACGGCGCGAGCGCAACACAGGACGACGGCAUCCCUCGAAGCUUGCAAAGAGUUGGCACCAGGUUGAGGCAGGACAGCACCGUCGUCAGGAGAAGGGCGUUUACGAUAGGGAAUCGUCCAGGGUAA